GAUGAGAAGGGGGGGAGUCAUGAAAUAAAAGCCCGGGCAUUCUCUCCUUCUUCACCCCUUUCUCGCUCUCUCUGCCCCAAACUAUUUGGCAGGACCUCUCCUCGAGGCAGAGGGAAGGGGGGAGGAGCAGCCAACUCGUUCAGCUCCAAUAGUCUCCUGGUAAAGCAUGGCUUCCGAACUCGAACGGAAGCAGCGAAGGAAGAAGGUGAUCGCCGGCUCCUCCACCAUCCUCCUCCUCCUCUUGGUGGUCGGCACGGUGGCCACCACCGUGUACCAGGCCGACGACAAACCCGAUCCAAACACCAGGACGAUGCGCUCCACCACCAAGGCAGUGAAGAUGCUCUGCGCCGGCACCGACUACAAGCAGACCUGCGAGACGAGCCUGACCAAGUUCUCGAACACCACCACAUCCGACCCCAAAGAGCUUCUCAAGGCGGCCGUCGUGGCACUGAUCGACGAGGCCAGCAGGUCCUUCUCCCAAUCUAGCGUCUUCAAAUCCAACGACAGCAGGGUCCAGGAUGCAAUUAACGACUGCUGGGAGAUGUACUAUGAUUCCAAGGAGGAUCUUGUGAAGACGCUGAACAGAAUCAUCGACACCGGCCUCGAGCACCUACCGGAUCAGACCCUCAACCUGAAGAACUGGCUGAGCGCCGUCCACUUCUACCAGGAGACGUGCGUCGACGGGUUCCCGGAGGGUGAGCUCAAGAACAAGAUGAGGAGUGCAAUGAAGGCGACGAAGGAGCUCACGAGCAAUGCGCUCGCCAUGAUCGGACAGGUUUCCGACUUACUGACGAUGCUCGGCGUGCCGUCGUGGAGUCGCCGCCUCCUGUCGGUGGAGCACCGGCCGGUCAUGAAGCGAGGAUACCCCUCAUGGGUUUCUGAAGGGGAUCGUAGGUUGCUUAAGGAGCACCUCAAUUUCAAGCUCAAGCCCAAUGUGACGGUGGCGAAGGAUGGGAGUGGGGAUUUCGGCACCAUCAAUGAGGCGAUCAGGAAUAUGCCGCUAAAAUAUAGUGGAAGAUACGUUAUCUACGUCAAGGAGGGGAUCUACAAAGAGGCAGUGAAUCUGACAAGUAAAUAUGUCAACAUUACGAUGUACGGUGAUGGACCAAAGAAGACCAUCGUGACCGGAAGCAAGAAUUUCAAAGACGGCACCAAGACUUCACAUACCGCCACAUUCGUUGCUUCUGGAGAGGGUUUCAUGGCCAUCGACAUGGGAUUCCACAACACGGCCGGCCCGGAGAAGGAGCAGGCGGUGGCCCUCCGGGUGCAAUCCGACCGGUCCAUCUUCAUCAACUGCCGGAUGGCGGGGUACCAGGACACCCUCUACGCCCAAUCCCACUUCCAGUUCUACCGCGGCUGCGUCAUCACCGGCACCAUCGACUUCGUCUUCGGCGACGCCUCCGCCGUCUUCCAGAACUGCCUUUUCCUCCUCCGCCGCCCCCUCGCCAAGCAGCGGAACAUCGUCACCGCCCACGGCCGCAGCUACAGCCACGAGAGCACCGGCUUCGUCAUCCAGCACUGCAAGAUCAAGGCCGACAGAAGCUUGAAGAAGGCCGAGGAACAAAAGGUCGAGAACUACCUGGCCCGCCCAUGGAAGGCCUACUCCAGGACCAUCUUCAUGGAGAACCAGAUCAGCAGCUAUAUCCACCCGGCCGGCUACCUGCCGUGGGACGGAGACUUCGCCCUCAAAACUCUCUACUAUGCCGAGUAUAACAACAAUGGCGAGGGCUCCAACGUCAAAGCCCGUGUGAAGUGGCCGGGCUUCCAUGUCAUCGAUAGGAAGACGGCGGAGAAGUUCACGGUGGCCAACUUCAUCGAGGGGAAGAGAUGGAUUCCCAGCAGAGGAGCUCCUGCUCAUAUGGAUCUGUACUAUCGCUGAUGGAAGAAAUGGGACAAAGCUGGUUGGCGUGAGAGGCUACUGAGAGGAUGGGAGAGGUGGGUUGUUGGAAUCGGUCAUGUAUCAUGAGCGAGCUGGUGAAGGUGCAUGGUAUGGUGGGGUGGGGCUAGAGUGAGGGUUUCUUUGUGAAGCAACAUGGGAAUUGAUUGAUCGCUGGUUUUUAAUUUGAUAUGGUUGUGUAUUCUGGUAGUCUUGCUCCA